AUGUGGAGCCAGGUGCUCAGCGAAUGGAAUCGAAGGCAAAUGCCAGCAAGAACAACGGCAGCGAUGAAAGCUGCGCACGCGAAGCUGGUACGGCGCAUCACGAACACCGAUGCGACUGCUGCCGCCAGGAGGGUUCCUGGUAAGGGAGCCAUAGUGAGCGAAAGGCCAGAGGAGGCCGCGACCGGCCUGAAAACACCGAGGCCACGAGAUGAGAGUGACGAGAGUGCCAUGAACAUGGAUGCAAGGCCGAAUUUAACAUCUGAUCGAACUGAGAGGGCCAUGCAGAGGCGAAGGCUAGAGAAGCACUUUCAACAACUCUAUAGAAAGGCAAAGGUCUCGAGCAAAAGGCGGCCUAUCAAGAGAACGUUGGAAAGGAUACCAAGCUACCUGAUGGAAGCUGGAAAUGAUAUACUAAAAAGCACCUCGACCAGAAAGGCCGAUACAGCAAGACCUUAUCGGCACUAA